AUGUACGACAUCAACGUCGACACCGCGGCAGGCCCGGCCGUGGUCCGCAUCGGACUGCCGCCUGCCUCCUUGUUGAAAUUCCCUCCGGACUCGCUCCCAACGACCCUCCCUGCGCCUCAGAUCGCCGAGCCGACCUGGGCCCAACCGUUUAACAUCCCUCCCGCUCUGUACAACCAGCUGCUGGAUGUGCGCGUUCCCGUCACCAUCGCCAGCGUCUACGCCGUCACCGUCGUCCUGGUCAAUCGCAUCAACAAGAGUCGCGGCUACAAGCCCUGGGCGUUCAGCCACACCCGCCUCUUCAAGCUUUUUGUCAUCCUGCACAAUGUCUUCCUGGCCGUCUACUCCGCCUGGACCUUCGCGGGCAUGUUCCAUGCCUUCCGGGACGCCUGGCCCGAUCGCAACGACCCCAACGGCCUGGUGGGUGUGACCGAUGCCUUGUGCAAGAUCAACGGUCCCCGGGGAUACGGCAACGCGGCUACCUACGACCCUUCGAUCAACCAAUGGACCAUGCGCAACCCCGAAUUCAGUUUGGCCGAAGGAGGCGUGCCCGACCCGACCGACGUCGGUCGCACGUGGAACGGCGGCCUGGCCUACCUGGGUUGGAUCUUCUACCUCUCCAAGUUCUACGAGGUGCUCGACACAGCCAUCAUUCUCGCCAAGGGCAAGAAGAGCUCGACGCUGCAGACCUACCACCAUGCCGGUGCCAUGAUGUGCAUGUGGGCCGGAAUUCGCUACAUCGCGCCUCCGAUCUGGAUUUUCACCUUGGUUAACUCGGCGAUCCAUGCGAUGAUGUACACUUACUACACCCUCACGGCCCUCCGUAUCCGCGUCCCCCAGCUCAUCAAGCGCUCCUUGACCUCCAUGCAGAUCAUGCAAUUCCUUCUAGGAACUACCAUGGCCGCCUCUUACCUCUUCGUUCACUACACUCUUCCUCCCUUCCAGUCCGAGUCUGCCGUCCCCGACGUUCGGUCGACCGCUGCUGCUACCGCGGCCGCGGGAGUCGGUCUGGUCCCCUGGUUGAAGCAGAUCGCCCUGCGCGCCGCCGGUGCUGAGGGAAUCGCCGAAAAUGUUGGCGCUCCUGAAACCCCCAGUGCUGCUCAGAACCCCGCCCUCGGGCCUAUGACUACUUGCAUGGAUACCAGCGGACAAGGUUUCGCCAUCUGGCUGAACGUUUCCUACCUCCUCCCCCUCACCUACCUCUUCGUCCGCUUCUUCGUCCGCUCGUACCUGUACCGCAAGGACCCUAACCCUCGCCACCCCACGCACAUGAACGCCGCUGAGAAGGCAGGCUUGGACGCUCUGAAGGGUGUCAGCCGCGAGAUCCAAAAGUCGGUGGAGAUGACCGGCGAAACGAGCGAAACCACCGAGGACGAAGCCACCAAGACGACCCAGGCGCCGCCACCCAGCGUGAAGAAGACCCAGGAGCCCGUGGUCGCCCAUGACUCCCCUAUCCGGACGCGCGCUUCCGCCAAACAGAAGGCCCGAGCUGCCGCCAACGAGCCUGAGCAGGGUUUCUCCCCUGUCUCGUCGAAGAAGGGCGCCAAGAAGGUUACCCAGGACGAGCUGGAGAGCGCUGCCGCCGUUGAUCCUAAAGGCAGUAAUCCUUUUGAGGUGCUGGAUAACAACGCUUAA